AAUAGAUUAAGCAACCCGAUAACACAAAUCCAGUACGGGCGGGGGCAAUACAAGUUCCAGUGAAUCUUGGAUCAUUAACCAUCCCCCAAGCAAUUCAAACCAUCAAUCAAUUUAAUCCACCCCACUCCCGUCCCUCGAAAACAAAAGAGGAAGGGAAAAAAAAAAGGCGAAAAGAGCCUCACAAAACCACUUAAGCAACAACAACACACCCCACCAAACCCCACCCAACACCCCCUCAUAAAGGAAUUAAAAAAUAUAUAUUUAAAAAAAAGGAAAAAAAGGAAAAAAAGGAAAAAAGAGAAUGAGCUCCCUCCGCCCCUUCCACCCCCUCGAUCUCCUCCGCCUCAACCUCGCAAACCUCGACGUCCUGACCGAAAACUACGAUAUAAGCUUCUACCUCAGCUACCUCGCGAAAUGGCCGACGCUAAUGUCAGUAAUGGAGUCUUCCCAAGGAAGAAUAAUGGGCUACAUAAUGGGUAAAGCCGAGGGCACUGCCAAGGACUGGCACGGGCAUGUAACCGCCGUAACCGUAGCACCCGACUACCGCCGCCUCGGCCUCGCAAAGACAAUGAUGGACGAACUCGAGCGCGUCACCACGAGCGUGUACAACGGCUACUUUGUCGACCUGUACGUGCGUGUUUCCAACGAGAUCGCUAUUAGGAUGUAUGAAGGGAUGGGGUAUUCGGUUUAUCGCACCGUCGUGGAGUAUUACUCUUCCAGCAGCGGCGGCGGCGGUGGUGGCGGUGGCGCUACGGUUGGCGGGGAUGGGGAUGAGGAUGCUUAUGAUAUGCGGAAACCUAUGCGUAGGGAUAAGCACCGGAAGAGUGUAAGGAAGAAUGGGAGGGAGGUUAAGGUUUUGCCACAUGAGGUUUGGUAAUACUUUAGGAUAAGGUGGGGGGGGGGUAUGGGUUUAUGAUUUUAUCUUUGGAGAAUGGCAAAAAAAGGGUUUUUCUUCUUCUUUUCUUCUUUUUUAGAACUACGGCAUCACAAUAGACGCAUAACCAUCCAUCCCAUGA